CACCACCUAAUUAGAGCAACGAGUUGGCAGCCCUUUGCAAAACGAUUGUUUAGUCAUCGAAAAUCAUGGACGCGGGCAAUAAAAUCUUAGUUGUGGGCGAUGUGCGGGGUCGCUUCAAACAACUUUUUCAACGUGUGGAGCAGGUCAACAAAAAGGCGGGACCCUUUGAAAUCCUGUGUUGUGUCGGCGAUUUUUUUGGCGAAGACAAACAAAACGAGGAACUGAUUGCCUACAAAAAUGGUUUCAAACACAUCACCGUUCCCACUUAUAUUCUGGGUCCAAACAAAAAGGAACACGAAAAAUAUUUCGAAAAUCUUGCGGAUGGUGAAAUCUGCUCCAAUCUCACAUAUCUUGGCAGACGUGGAGUCUACACAUUAAGCAGUGGCGUUAAAAUUGCCUACUUAAGUGGCUUUGAGGCAACUGAUUCCUCUGGUUCCGAUCACCAGUUCAGCAAAGCCGAUGUAAUAGCCGUUCGAAACUCCUGUCUGGUGUCCAAGAAUUGCUCCACGGAGUACCGAGGAGUAGAUGUGCUACUCACAUCGCAGUGGCCAUUCGGCAUGCAGGAGAAAGAGAACGCCACGGCAUCCAAGUUGGUAUCAUUUCUUUGCCGUGAGAUCAAGCCGCGUUAUCACUUUUGUGGCAUUAAUGGUACCCACUAUGAAAGUGCUCCUUUCCGAAUGCCCAAGGAUGAGACUACCCAAUUCGAACUUUGUACUCGCUUUAUUUCACUUGCGGAAGUUGGAAAUGCCGAAAAAGCCAAGUACAUAUAUGCGCUGAGCCUUAAACCAGUUGAUAAAUCACGUUUACUGGACCUGGUGCAGAAGACAACUAACGAAAUACCAUGUCCUUUCAUUGGCUUAGAUUUAGGUGGAUCUAUCAAUAAGAAUGAAACGUCCGAAAGUCGACAAUAUUUUUACGAUAUGGAUGGUGGAAAUCGCAAGCGUCCAGGUGGUGAUAAUAAUAAACGAGAUAAACGACCGAAAAUACCACAAAUUGAACAAGACAAGUGUUGGUUCUGUUUAUCUUCGCCUGAUGUGGAAAAGCAUCUCAUUAUCACUGUGGGAGAACACUUCUAUUUGGCUCUAGCUAAAGGACCCAUAAAUAAGCAUCAUGUCAUGAUAUUGUCUACCAAACAUGUUCCUUGCGCUGCACAACUAAGUCCUGAGGAUUGGGAGGAGUUAAAUAAGUUCAAGUUAGCCUUGCGAAAGUUCUUUAAAUCCACAGGGCAGGUUGUGUGCUUCACUGAGAGGCACUACAAGUCUGUUCACCUACAAAUCAAUGCGCUUGCCUUUGAAGAAGGCUAUGCGUGGAAAAUAAAACAUAGUUUUGAGGACAAAGCUGAAGAAUUCAAUCUUGAAUUUGAAACCUUGCCGGCCUUGGAUUCUGAGAAAAUGCUACCUGAAAUGGGUCCUUAUUUCCUGGCUGAGUUGCCCGACGAUACAACUCUUAUUACGCGGCAGAUGAAACACUUUCCACUUCACUUCGCCAGGGACGUCUUUUGUUCGGAGAAUUUACUGAACUGCGAUGAGAAAGUCAACUGGAAAGAUUGUCUUCUUGAUCGGGACGAAGAAGUGGCACUUGUAGAAGAUUUUCGAAAGGCUUUUGCGCCUUUUGAUUUCACAGAUGAUUAAGCAAUAACAAAACUUGUAUGUAUAGUUAAAAUUUAAUUUCGGUUGUAAUUGCUGAGCCCAUGCUAACAGUUCAUCCAUAUAAAUGCUAAAACUACAAUUUAAUUAAAAACGUUCUGGUAAAGUCGUUGCCAUCAAGUAUCUUAA